AUGACAGUUUUCGUGGAAAACCUUAACAAAAAUCCCGCUAUUGACAUUGGUGGAUUCGUACAUCUUGGCGACGAUUCUUUUUGUCUUUGUGGUGACAAGAAAGUAACAGUCAAAACUGUUGAUGAUGAAAGUUGGUUUAUCGAACUUGAUCAAUUUAUUAUUGGUGAUGAAUAUGCGCUAACUUCCAAUUUAUCAAACAUGCAAAUAAUAAUAUCACCAUCAUUACCGUACAUAAUGCUACCCGACGAUUUGUAUAACAACUUUUUAACAAAAUAUAAGAUUCGUAAUGUGAACAAAAUUCAUUUUUCUACUGUCUACCGAUUGCCAACUCUGAAAUUUUUCAUAGGUGGACAAGUAUUUCGUGUUCCAGCACUCAAUUACGCGAAUUCCGAACCUAAUAAAAAUUUAUUCCUCAUCAGAUCAAACAGAAAUACGGAAUUUGAGAGCGAUAAUAUUAUUUAUUUGGGACGAGCUUUCUUGUAUGGAGCAUGUCUUCACGUCAAUAACAUUGAUGGAACAGUAGCUCUUUCCAAACCAAUUAAAAACUAA